UAAAAAAACGUUGUUCGGUUGUUUCUUUGGACCUAAUUCCGUAGUUUCUGGGACCUAUAAAAGUGGCAUCAGAGAGUCAAUUUUCCCUGUUAAUUCACUCAGUCUUCACCUGAAAAUUGAAAACCCUGUAACAAAAACCCUCUUCCUUCUCCACAUUAACCAUGGCCGCCCAGACCAGGCGAGGCGGAGUUUCCCUACCCGAGAGGCGAUCCGCCUCCAAGCUCGACUCAAGCAUCCUCGCCAGGAUCUCUUCUUCUCCGAUCGUUUCCCGUGGUAAGCAAGCCGCGUGGGACGCCACUUUCGUCUCCAAGAAGCUCCUCCGUAGCACUGGCAAAGCUGCUUGGAUCGCCGGAACAACUUUCUUGAUCUUAGUUGUCCCUUUGAUCAUCGAGAUGGACCGCGAGCAGCAGUUCAACGAGCUUGAGCUACAGCAAGCUAGUCUCCUAGGUGCUCCGCCCACUGCAUCCGCCCUUAAAUAAUCGUAUCGGGUCAUAUCAGUGCUUUUUUUUUGUUUAGCAAUGUUCUUGCCUGUUUUAGUCCAUUUGCCUCCGUGGUUAUUGUAGUAAAACCUUUUCGAUGUAGUUUUAGGGUUUAAAAAAAAUUUGAAGAUUUUGCUUUUUUGGUGUUUAAAGUUUCAAUUUCUUGUUGUGAUAAAGUGCUUGAAAAUUGAGAGUGUUCAUUUUAAGUGAAAUGCACUUGAAUGCUUUGCCGUGAAUCAGUAUUUUUGGAUUACAUUGCAGCAUUUGAGCGUAAAUGGAUGGUAUGGUAUACGUAGAUAAUUGAAGAGUUCGUGCUUCUAUAUAGGAAAUCUUAUAUUUCAGUAGUCGCCCUUUCUAUUAAUUUCAUUACGGUGUUUACUGUUUACCAUUAUCAUUGGUGAAAAAUAGUUGGGACUUGGGAUUUGCAGUAGGGUUAAGAAUUGUUGUAAGCUCACCAAUUCCUUGAUUUGCUUCAACUAGAUCUAGAAUUUCAAGAACCAUGAACUCCUGGGAUAUGAGAGUUAGUCCCACCAAGGUAGUUAAGAUUUUAACUUCAGUUCUUUUUACUUUCAUUUUGAAGGCCCAUCUUCAUGAUAUAUCAUAAAGAAAACUGGGAGAUAUUAAGUUCUUCAGGGAUUUUAGUUGCAUUGGUGGUUGAAUCUGUUAGAUGGGAAAGCUAGGUGUGGUAGGCAAGGAUGAGUCGAAUGUUCUCUGUAUUGAACAUAAUGUCUGUGAUCCCUUUAUCCAAGUUUUGUUGAAAGGUUGGGAUGUGGGGAAGAGGGUAAUGUAAGAUUUUCUGAGAACACUCUUGCACUAGAACCACUCUGUUCGAGCUUCGCUCUUUAGAGAUCUGGAUCAGGACACAGAAUAUAUGCAGAGCACCAGUACUCUUUUGCUGUUUAAUAAGCUAAAAUCCAUCCGCCAAAUAAGCUGGUAUUGCACCACUGCUUCAUGUCUUUAUAUUUCCUAUCUUUGGCAGUGGCCAGUGCCGGAUCU